AUGUCUGCUGCUGCAGUGGAAGCAGCAGCAGCAUCUUUUCUUGUGUCUCUUUUUGAGGGCCCCCAGGGGCCCCAAAGGGAGACACUUGGGGUGUCUCUUUUUGCUGCUGUGCUGCGGCGGCUCUGCGCCCAGGAGGCGCAGCAAGCUGCUGCCCAGGGUGGAACUAGCAGCAGCAGCAGCAGCAGCAGCAGCAUCGGGAGCGACGGCGCUGCAGCGAGCGCUGCAGGAGCGACGGCCCUCAGUGCAGCAGCAGCAGCAGCAGCAACAGCCACCGCAGCAGCAGCAGCAAAUAGCACACGGCCCUGUGCCCUCGACACGGCACGCUCCCCCUCUGCACCGGCACCAGCAGCACCAGCACCAGCAGCAGCAGCAGCAGCACCAGCAGCAGCAGCAGCAGCAACAGCAGCAGCAAGCCGGGGGCGCGCAUGCAUGCGCGCCUUCGAGGCGUAUGUGUGCGGGCGGCGGUGUGGGGUGUCUGUACAGCUGCUGCUGCCUUCUUUUCUCCGCUCGCAGCUGCUGCGGCUGUGGGGUGUCUUUGCUGCAGCAAGGCCGCAGCAGCAGCAGCUGCUGCAGGUGCUUUGUGCCUGGCAGGCCGCCCCAGACCUCCCACCUUGGGAUGCUCCUCUGCUGCGGAGUUUCGUCGCCGAAGUUGCUGCUGCUGCGGGUCCUGCUGCAGCAGCACAAGCAGCUGCUGCUGCUGCGCUGCACCAGCUGCAGCAGCAAAGAACUUGGUGCCCCCCAAGUGUCUUUACAGCUCUCCUGGGCUUUCCAGAAACUGUAGUAGCUGCGGCGCUUCGAAGUGUAUUGACAGCUGCAGGGUAA